AUGUCCUUGUUUCUUCUCGGGGUGGACGAGCUUUUUGAGCUCGCGACUGAUUCAUUCGUAUUUGCAGAUGAAACUGCUAUGGAACUUAUUUUUUGCUGUGGCUUUAGGGACAAUUUUGAUAAAGUAAAUGCCCAAAUCAAGCCACUUUCAGCCUAUGAGAGCAUUAUGGCCAAAGAGUUAGUCUAUGCAUUUGGUGAGGAAGCGGCAGCUAUCUCCAAGCAAUAUCUUUCCUGUCCCUCUGUUGACUUUCGUAGAAAAAGCAAUUUCGAUUCGUGA